AUGUCCAACGGUGUUUUUGUUGAGUACACCAACGGAAUCAGUGACAGCCCUGUGCGAUUACGACAGCCGAGGACGCCGCCAGUACUCUUACCUAGGAGCGGUCAUAUAUCAUGUAUAUACAGGGACGAUCUGUUUACUUGGGGUGGCUUCCGUGAAUUACCUGGAGGGCCAAUCCCGAGCGAUCGAUAUUUGGACAAUCAUGAACUGUGGAUUUAUUCCAUUGAAGCGGAAAGCUGGAGAAUGGAAACAUUGGACGGAGACCAGUUGCCACCAGGUAUGUCUGGUGCCUGCUGUGCCAUUUCCCAUGAUACUCUUUAUGUUUUUGGUGGAUUUGGAAGAGAGGGCAACUCUGAUAGGCUGUACUGCUUGAAUUUUAGAACACGAAAAUGGACCUUAAUGGAGCCGGAAGGUGACCUGCCAAGCCCGAGAGACAAAGCACUCAGUUGGAUUUAUAAUAAUAAAUUUUAUGUUUUUGGUGGAUUUGGGCCAGAACCUAGAUGCAAAGCAAUGUUCGGGCAGUGGUUUUGGGACACUACGACAAGUUGGGCGCCCGAUCGUGGACGUGGCUGGAAUAAUCAUUUAUUCGUGUAUGAUAUAGACACUAAUUGCUGGACAGAGCAGCGUACCAUUGGAGAGACUCCAUCACCAAGGGCCGCUCAUGCUGGGGAUGUGAUUGGAAAUAAGUUGUAUAUAUUCGGCGGCCGAUUGAACCAGACACGUAUAAACGAUUUGUAUUCUCUCAACCUGGAUACAUUUCAGUGGAGCGAAAAACUUGAAUGUAAUAGUGAUGUACCAUGUGGACGUUCCUGGCACUCCUUUACUCGAGUGACAGAUAUUCAUAUGUUGCUCUAUGGUGGAUUCGACACAGAGUGUAAGACAUUAGGAGACUGUUGGGUGUUGAAUACGCAAACUCUAAUAUGGACACAGUUAGAACAACCAUGGAGGCCAAGAUUAUGGCAUACUGCAGUGUCCACUAAUGUUGGUGGGGAAGUCAUCAUUUUUGCUGGGUGUCAAAAUAACAUACUUGGUUCCGAAGAUAGUGAUCACUGCUAUGACCUUUUCCAUAUUCACUUCACGCCAAAGUCUCUUCUGAGAUCUUGUAUGGAUGUGGUUAUCCAGUACCGAGAAAUCAUGAAAGAACAUGUAACUCUUCUGCCGCGAUCAGUACUAGAUACACUAGAGAAACGAUUGGAUGCUAUUGUCAAUCCACCUACACAGCUGCAACCAGGAAGUGUAGAAUCAAAACAUUCAUGUCUGAUUGCAUAAUUACUAUGAAGUACUCAGAAGAAGGAAUUUGGAAAUCUUCCAACACAGAUCAAUAACUCAAGAAUGUGUUAAUACACGAUAGUGUGAAUACCAUAACUGUAUUUAUUUUAUUAUGCAUAUUUAAUGAGCAUAUUUUUUUUUUUUUAUUAUUUCACAUGUCAAAUGUUACUAACAAUACACCUUUAAGGCACAGCUUUCAAAAGGGCAUUCUCUAAUAAUUUUCUAGACUGAAAGGCAGUAGAAAAUGAUACUGAUUGAGAUUUAGGUGUUGCAUGACCAAAUGAAAUA